GACAUGGGUCACCCUGUGGACACCAGCUGAGGCUGGCAAGCUCAUCCCCUGGAGACCAUGGAGAGGGACGUGGACGGCCACCCGAAUGCGUCCCCUGCAAGGACACCUCCUGCCCGGGCAUCUCCAACCCGGGGGUCUCCGGCUCGGGCGUCUCCAGCUCGGGCAUCCCCAGCCCGGACAUCCCCAGCACGGACGGCCUCGGCCAGGGCAUCUUCCACCAGGACAUCACCUUCCAGGUCAUCAUCCAGCAGGUCAUCGUCUGCCAGGUCAGCAUCCACGACAGCCUCUCCAACCAGAGUGUAUCUGGUUAGAGCAACACCAGUGGGGGCAGUACCCAUCCGGGCACCUCCUGCCAGGUCAUCACCGCCCACCAGGGCCGCUGGAGAAAGCUCAGGUCCCAGCUUGCCCAAGUUCACCUGGGAGGAGGGCCAGAAGCGGCUGCCGCUCAUCGGGUGCAUCCUCCUGCUCAUCGCCCUCGUGGUAUCCCUCAUCCUGCUCUUCUACUUCUGGCGGGGGCCCGUAGGGAUCAAGUACAAGGAGCCGGCGGAGAGCUGCCCCAAGCACACUGUCCGCUGUGACGGGGUGGUGGACUGCAAGCUCAAGAGUGACGAGCUAGGCUGCGUGAGGUUUGACUGGGACAAGUCAAUGCUUAAAGUCUACUCUGCAACCUCCCACAAGUGGCUUCCUGUCUGCAGUGACAGCUGGAAUAACUCCUACUCGGAGAAGACCUGCCAACAGCUGGGCUUUGAGAGUGCUUACCGGACGGCUGACGUGGCCCAUAGAGACGUUGCUAGCAGCUUCUCAAUCUCCGACUACAACUCCACCAUCCAAGAAAGCCUCUACAGGUCCGACUGCCCUUCCCAGCACUACGUGUCUCUCCAGUGUGCCCACUGUGGACUGAGAGCCAUAACCGGGCGCAUCGUGGGCGGGGCACUGGCCUCAGAGAGCAGGUGGCCUUGGCAAGUCAGUCUGCACUAUGGAACCACCCACAUUUGCGGGGGCACACUGAUCGACGCCCAGUGGGUGCUCACGGCCGCUCACUGCUUCUUUGUGACCCGGGAGAAGAUGCUGGACGGCUGGAAGGUGUACGCGGGCACCAGCAAUCUGCACCAGCUACCCGAGGCAGCCUCCAUCUCCCAGAUCAUCAUCAACGGCAACUACACGGACGAGCAGGACGACUACGACAUCGCCCUCAUGCGGCUCUCCAGGCCCCUGACCCUCUCCGCUCACAUCCACCCCGCCUGCCUCCCCAUGCAUGGACAGACCUUCAGCCUCAAUGAGACCUGCUGGAUCACAGGCUUUGGCAAGACCAAGGAGACUGACGACAAGACAUCCCCUUUCCUCCGGGAGGUGCAGGUCAGCCUCAUCGACUUCAAGAAGUGCAAUGACUAUCUGGUCUAUGACAGUUAUCUUACGCCACGGAUGAUGUGUGCCGGGGACCUUCGGGGGGGCCGAGACUCCUGCCAGGGAGACAGUGGGGGGCCUCUCGUCUGUGAGCAGAACAACCGCUGGUACCUGGCAGGGGUCACCAGCUGGGGCACCGGCUGUGGCCAGAGGAAUAAGCCUGGUGUGUACACCAAAGUGACAGAGGUCCUCCCCUGGAUCUACAGCAAAAUGGAGGUGAGAGGCCGGCAGGGGGCACCCUGCAGUGAGCUGGCUGCGCCAGAGGCGGCCCGAGCAGCACCCCCGGCGGGCGCACGCCGCGCGCCCUCGCAGCCGGCCUCCUGUUGCUUCUCCCCAGCCUCCCGCCCUAGGAGAGCAUCCUCGCGCCGUCGUCCGCCGCGCGAGCUCCGGAGGGGGCUGCACGCACGCACACGACCAAGCGGCCACGGGAUCCUAGCGCCGCAGGCCGCGCCCCCAGGCCGGGAGGCGGGAAACCGCGGAGGCCGCGCCCACCGCCCGCCCCCAGCCCAGCCACUCCCGGCGCCUCCGGACUCGGCGCGUCUUCGCGGGUUCGUCUCCGAGGAGUGUCGACCUGCGCAGAAGGUGGAAGAUGAGGAGGAAGAGGAGGAGGAUGCCGGAGAAGGCGGUGGGAAAUGGUGA